AUGUACCUUUCUGGCAGGUACUGCUUCUCCUUUAGGGGUCUAGACAGCACUGAAAGAGUGCUUUCACUUGACUGGAGGCUUCGACUGGUAGAGGCGAGCCUGCCCACCUAUUUAGGUAAACUGUUCCCGCGGCGUCGACAUCUGCGAGUGGAAGACAAGCCAUGGCAGCCCUGGCUGAAGUUGUUGGCUACAACGAAACGCUUCGGUGGCCAAGACGACACGCGGGUUUUUUUCAAGGUCGACUGGGACGCCGUGCCGUCCAACGUGACCAGCACAGCGGUAUACAUCAAUAUCACAACCAUCUGUGGCGGCAUAGACAAGUACGGCGAUGUGCAGGUGCCUAUCAGCAAGCGCUCCGUGCCUGGCAACUACAGCGAGGGCUUCAUUGAAGCCGACGGCAUGGUCAGUAUCGAGGGCGAGCACUACCAGCGCUUCAUCAACGCCUCGCCACCGUCCAACACCACCGCCAGCCUCUCCUACCACACCUUCAAAAACUAG